AUGAAGGAGAAAUCUAAAAACGCCGCGCGGACUCGGCGGGAAAAGGAGAACAGUGAGUUUUAUGAACUAGCCAAACUGUUGCCUCUACCGUCUGCUAUCACCUCCCAGCUGGAUAAAGCCUCCAUCAUCAGACUCACUACCAGCUACCUGAAGAUGAGAAUAGUCUUUCCUCAAGGCCUCGGGGAGUCCUGGGGUCAUGUGAGCCGCAGCUCGCUGGACGGGGUCACCCAGGAAUUAGGCUCUCACCUCUUACAGACAUUAGACGGCUUCAUUUUUGUGGUGGCUCCAGACGGGAAAAUAAUGUACAUAUCAGAGACAGCCUCAGUCCACUUGGGCCUGUCACAGGUAGAGUUAACAGGAAACAGCAUUUAUGAGUACAUCCAUCCUGCAGACCAUGACGAAAUGACAGCCGUCCUCACCGCACACCAGCCGUACCACUCACAUUUUGUUCAAGAAUAUGAGAUGGAGCGCUCCUUCUUUCUGAGAAUGAAAUGUGUCCUGGCUAAAAGAAACGCUGGUCUCACCUGUGGAGGCUACAAGGUGAUUCACUGUAGUGGCUACCUGAAGAUCCGUCAGUACAGUCUGGACAUGUCUCCGUUUGACGGCUGCUAUCAGAACGUGGGGCUGGUGGCCGUCGGUCACUCGUUGCCACCCAGCGCCGUCACUGAGAUCAAACUGCACAGCAACAUGUUCAUGUUCAGAGCCAGUCUGGACAUGAAGCUCAUCUUCCUCGACUCACGGGUUGCAGAGCUGACGGGCUAUGAGCCUCAGGAUCUAAUAGAGAAGACUCUCUAUCACCAUGUUCACAGCUGUGACUCCUUCCACCUGCGUUGUGCACAUCACUUGUUGCUGGUGAAAGGUCAGGUCACCACUAAGUACUACAGAUUCUUGGCCAAACAAGGUGGCUGGGUCUGGGUUCAGAGUUAUGCAACCAUAGUACACAACAGCCGCUCAUCCAGACCUCACUGCAUCGUCAGUGUCAACUACGUCCUCACGGAGACGGAGUACAAAGGCCUCCAGCUUUCUCUGGACCAGGUCACAACCAAGACCUCUUUCCCCUACAGCAGCAGCAGCACCGCCAGCAGCCUGACAGAGAACUGCAGAACGCCCAAGAGCAGAUUAUCCCGAGCCAAGACCAAAGCUAGACUCUCCCCCUACACACAGUAUCCUAGUUUCCAGACGGAGCGGUCAGAGUCAGACCAGGACAGUCCCUGGGGGGGCAGCCCCCUCACUGACUCAGCUUCCCCUCUGCUGCUGGAGCAGGGCGAAGGCCUGGACGCCUCCUGCGUCUACAAGCAGUUCACCGAUCCUCGGCCGCUCUGCUACAGCCUGUCAGAGGAGCAGCAUCACACCAGCAGCAACAGCCACACACACCUCCACACUCACGCUCACGGUCAGAGCUGUGAGCGGGGGCGAUGCGAGGCAGGGAGGUAUUUUCUAGGAGCUCCCCCACCAGGCAGGGACACGUGGUGGGGUACCGCCCGCUCCAUCCUGCCCUUGAGUAAAGGCUCCUUAGAGAACCACGAGGGAUACGAGAGCAGCAUGCCGCACAUCACAGCCAUCCACAGCUAUAAUGGCCGGGGCCACUGGGACGAGGACAGCGUGGUCAGCUCUCCAGAUGCUGGUUCAGCCAGUGACUCAGGGGAUCGAUACCGAGCAGACCACUACCACUCCAGCCCACAGGAACCCAGCAAGAUAGAGACGCUGAUCCGAGCCACGCAGCAGAUGAUCAAGGAGGAGGAGAGUCGACUUCAGCUGCGCAAGGGGCCUCCAGACGGCCCCAUGGGGCCUGCCAACGGACUGCCUAAGGGCCCCGGUCUGUGCUUUACUCCUGAGUACGCUCAAGGGCCCCUGCCGCUACAGACAGUGGUGUGUCGAGGUUUGAGUCAGGUGAUCAGCCCUGCACCUAGCCCCGCCCCCCUAUCCAGGCUCAGCAGUCCAGGGAGCGAGCGCCUCCACAAACCCAAAGACUACCUCCAGACGGACCUCUCUUUGCCUUUACACCACCCUUUCAGUCGGCCCGGCUCGUGCUCGGCCCCCCCCACCCCGGCCCCGGCCAUCUACCCCUCCCACACCCACCCGCGGCCCUACUUGGACAAGCAUACGGCCUACUCCCUGACAGGCUACGCUCUGGAGCACCUCUAUGACCCAGAGAGCCUGCGGGGUUACUGCACCUCCACCAGCACCGGCCCCACCCACUACGAUAUGACCCCUCACCUCCGCAUACCGGCAGAGCAGACCCCCGGACACAAAGGCACCUCUGUCAUUAUCACCAAUGGCAGCUAG